AUGUUAUCACUCCAGGGUCGUUUUAUCUCGUCUCUGGCUUCUGUCCAAUCAAGCUCUGUCUCAGAGGCUCUUAUCAUUUUUCCCUUUCAGCGCAGUGAUCCCAGUUUGAUGUCUGGACCCAUCCUCCACGAUCCCGCCUCCACUGCGGGUCGAAACCCCAUGGUGUGA